CCUUCUGCCCUUCUCCUACCGCCGCCCAGAUCGAGAAACCUUGCGCGAGCCCUCGUCCCCGCUAGAUCAAGAUCGUAACCAUGAAGGCGGUGCUGACACGGGGCGCGGUGGCCACCAUAGCGGAGAACCAGAUCUGGCAUAGGGCGCCGGUGGUGCUGCAAGUGGUGGACACUGUGUGGCUUCAACCCCUGGUACGUCGUCCCGGGAGGAUGUCGCCGAACAGCAGCCUCGGGGGCUACACCCUGGUGCUCUCCGACGGCGUCCACACGCACGAGAUGGACCUCAUCACCCCUCUCAGGCACCUCGUCAAAAACGGCCGCGUCCGCAAGGGCUCCGUCAUCCGCCUCGUCUCGUACUGCACCAUAUUCGCGCCCUUAAUUUUGAAGCUGAAAGUUCUGCAAGCCAAAGCUGCACUGAUCGGAAGCCCCGUACCCUACAAGCCUAAAUGCACGGACGGUGACUCAGGGCCGAGCGGUGGAUCCUGCUCGAGUGGCCAAGGCACGAGCUCUUCGUCUGCUCGGAGGGUGUAAGGACAGGCAGGUUUACUAUGUGUGGCCCUGCUUGGGUCUUCUCCAGUCUCCAGAUAGUUUGCUAAGUGCCUCAGUCGUGUGAGUCCGUCUCCCUUG